UUUUGUGUGUGUGUGAAAUUAGUAAAAGCACAAUCUAUUUCCUUUAUUUGCUCUGUGCUGCCGGGUAGACUCUGCCCCGCAGAGAAGUUCUUAGGCUCCAAAGGAAAGCAAAAGUGAAAUUGCAGUGCGGAGGGGAGAAGCGCAGAGAAAAUCACUCUGCACUCCAGCACUGCGGAGACGGCCCUGAUGAUGGAGGAACCAAAGCCUGGGGACCUGAUAGAGGUUUAUCGCAUUGGAUACCAGCACUGGGCCCUCUAUGUAGGAAAUGGUUACGUCAUCCACCUGGCCCCACCCAGUGAGUUUGCAGGAGCUGGUUCUUCCAGUAUCAUGUCUGUGAUGACUGACCGAGCCAUGGUGAAGAAGGAGCGUCUCCGAGACGUUGUUGGGCGAGACAGGUAUAAAGUCAACAACAAGUAUGAUGGGAGAUGCUCGCCACUGCCUGUCAGCAAGAUCCUCAGCGAGGCCGAAUCUCUGGUGGGCCAGGAGAUGGCGUACAGUGUCACCAGCCAGAACUGCGAGCACUUCGUCACCAAUCUGCGCUAUGGCCAGCCUAUGUGCGACCAGGUCAGGGAAACCAUGACGACGGUGGGGAUCGCCGGGGUGAGCCUGUUGGCUCUGGGACUCAUCGGAGCCUUUGUUACCAGGCCCAGGCACCAGAAGCAAUAGCAUGGACUCCCCUCUGAGUCCCAGGCCCAGAACUACAGCUGCAGGGUCCUGCCAGGAGCAGGCUGGACUUGUCAGCAUCUUCCUAUCAUAUGUAUAUUUUCUGCUACUAGACGUUUCCAAAAUAAAUUAA